CACUGACACGUAUUUGUUUUAAUUUGCCUAACAGGUGAGCGUUCGAGAUUUGUACUAGCAUGAUUAUCAAGCCAACUUCUUCGGUCAUGGACAGUGAUAUAAUGACGAGAGUUAGUUCUCCUGCUGUCCGACAGAAGCGCAGCUCCAUGACUCUAGAUAAAAGCUCUCGGAAACGAAGGAAGUUCGAAACCACUAGUGCUCCUCAAUCCCCGUCGGAACAAGUGGGUUCAAACUACAAACAGAGAAGAAACAAUAUUUCAGCUCCUUCUAAUCUGGGAAUCGCUCUCUUCUUGGGUGUUGGUGAUACUGGUCAGCUUGGAUUGGGGCCAGAUAUAACGGAGCGCUCAAGACCAGCUCGUCCUAGUUCGGAAAGCCUUAGUGCUCUACAGAUAACUGAGGAGAAAUCCCAGUCUUAUUUCACACAAAUAUGCUGUGGAGGCAUGCAUUCGGUUUGUCUAACGGCAUGUGGGAAUGUUGCUACAUGUGGUUGCAAUGACGAAGGAGCGUUGGGGAGAACCACUCAGACGGAAUCCGGGACUACUGAUAAUGAUAGUCGCAGUGGUUUACAUCCCGUCGUAGACGAAUGCCAUCUCGGUCUGGUAUCAUUCCCAGUAAAGGUGAAAGUAGUAAUGGUGUCGGCUGGUGAUAGUCAUACGGCAGCUUUGGAUAGCAACGGACAAGUGUGGUUGUGGGGAACAUUCCGAGGCUCGAGUGGUCCUAUUGGGCUUACACAACCUGGGGAGAUUUCCGAAACACCUCGUCCUCUUCUAGCUUACCCCUUAAAUGGUCCUGCUGAAAGCAGUGAUACUACUCCAGUCACUGAUUCCAAAUCUGGUCGGUCAAUGAAUUCUGCGGUGUUGACUCCUGGAGCAUCAGUCAUUAAAAUAGCUUCCGGUCAGGACCACUUAGUUUGUCUGACAGAUGACGGUCGUCUUUACACAAUGGGAUGUGGUGAACAAGGUCAGCUUGGUCGUGUGGCUGAACGCUUUGCUAAGGAUGGGGGUCGUUCUGGAAUAAGUUCUCUUCUGCAGCCUACGGAAUGUCGGGUCCGUGGGGCUGUUAGGUUUUCUAAUGUAUGGGCUGGAGGGUUCGGCACGUUUGCACUUUGUCAGUCCACAGGCGCCGUUUAUGCCUGUGGUUUAAAUAACUAUGGCCAGCUAGGUCUACGUGAUACCACCAGCUAUGAAACAUCAGUCGAUUCUAAUUCUCUUGAGGAGACCAUGGAAACUGAAGUGUGUAUUAAUGAAAAUGCUGCGCGAUUAGUAACUGAUCGUCAUGAGGCUGAUAGAUCAGAAGCUAGGCUGGUAGCUCGACAAGGUCCCAUCAUUCAGUUCAUGCUGACACGGGCGUUUGGAUUUGACCCAGUACGUGAAUGGCGUCAGUUUGCAAUCUCCAUGCAUCAUACAGUGGCUUUAGAUAGUCUUGGUCAUGUUUAUGUCGUUGGUCGACCAGAUUAUGGUCGUCUUGGUUUGGGACGGGGUUCAAACUUCGACAAAAUUUCUGUGAACAAGCCUACGCGCGUGCUUGGUGCACUUGAAGAAUGUGUGUGUUCAUGGGUUGGUUGUGGAGAGGCGUGUUCAUUCGCUGUUGAUACGAAUGGUCAUGGCUAUUCCUGGGGCAUAGGGAGUAAUCAUCAGUUAGGUCAUGGGUCGGGUGACGAUGACAGUUGGGAACCAGAAAGAAUGGUGGGGAAACAACUAGAAGAUCGUCGUAUCUUGAUGAUUGACGCUGGUGGUCAACAUACCGUCAUGCUGGCUUGUUCUGCCGUCCAGUCAAAUGAAGUCAAUGCAGAUACAGAUAUAGUAAUGCGCGACGUUAAUGAAGUGUCGAACGGUGCCCCUGAAUCCUCUGUAGUUAUUGAUGCUAACACUACAUUGACUUCGGAUUCCAACGUAUGUUCAAAUAAUACUGUUGAAAAACAACACGAUAACACAUUAUCAUCUGGACCAACCAAAAUAUCAGAUACAACGGCUGACACAUCAAUAGAGCCUAUUUUGAUUGCGCCUAUGGGACCAGGUGCUCCACAAAGUAAACGUAACCGUCGUUCAAGUCGUUCAUCAGUUGCUGGUAGUACAGGAACUACAUUACUUACUCCCGUUGGAUUCAGUUGUGACAGUACUACUGGGAGUACGGCGGGGGCAACGAUCAAUAGUAGUGUUCAUAGCUCUGCCGUUUCAGAUACUUGCUCGGUUGGGUCUUGCACAUCAACUAGCAGUACUAGUAGUCAGUUGAAUAGUGCAAAAAGUACUGAUGGUGGUGGAAGUAGUCGGUGCAGCUCUUUUGAUAACUACAGUGUGCAAAGUAGUUUAUUGUUAUUACCGUCAGCAGAAGAAAAACCCUGUAAAGACAAGUAAUGCUGUGAAGACUACUCAACUUAUUAUCAUUAUGCAACAGCAAAUAGCACUGUAAUUGGUUUCUUCUUUUAUUCCAAAAUGCUCAGCAAGAUUAUUAUCAUUAUAUAUACAUAACUUUUCUCUCAUUAUGUAACUAAGAAUGGCUAUCACCUUAGAAUGUAAGAUAAUUUUCUUUGUGUGCUUAAUUUUCUUUUACGAUUUCUGAACAUCCCACACAAAAUCAGACAUCCAGUUGUAUCAUAUAACUACUUAUUUAUCUUUUGUAUAUGUAUAUUGUGUAUGUGAAAUUGUUAAUAUAAUGAUUGUUUAGCUCACUGUUCAUUUUCAUUCAUUUGUGAAAUUUCUUGGAUACUUCGACAUGGUAAUUCUGUAGGCUAGACUUUUAUUGGAAAUUUAGCAUUUACAACUGUAUUCACAUUUCCAAGCUACGAGUUAUGGAAAUUUUGUGGUUCCAACCCGAUUCAGGUACUUGUUCGUCAGUGCAAGUUUGGAUUGCAGAAGUGAAUAUACACGGUCUUAUGCUCC